AACCGGGCCAUCUCUCAAACCCGAUUAUCCAUUAGGGGACAAGCAGAAAACCCUAAAACCUGACGUAGAAGGUGCGCGACCCAGAUCCUCAAAAUCAUUGGCAAAAGCUCGGUGCUUUAGCUCUCUAAGAUUACAAUGGGUUGGAAAGCAGCUGAGAAGCUCAUCAGGCACUGGAAAAUUCUCAGGGGUGACAAUGUAAUGAUAAUCAGGGGCAAAGAUAAAGGUGAAACUGGCAUUAUCAAACGCGUUGUUCGCUCUCAGAAUCGUGUAAUUGUUGAAGGGAAAAAUCUGGUAAAAAAGCACAUUAAGCAAGGUCCAGGUCAUGAAGGUGGUAUAUUUACUGUUGAGGCUCCACUUCAUGCCUCAAAUGUUCAAGUUCUUGAUCCUGUUACUGGGAAGCCUUGUAAGGUUGGAAUUAAAUAUCUAGAAGAUGGAACUAAGGUGAGAGUAUCUAGAGGUAUAGGAGCAUCUGGGUCUAUAAUUCCUCGCCCUGAGAUCUUGAAGAUAAGGAAAACACCAAGACCUACAGUUGCUGGUCCCAAGGAUACUCCCAUGGAUCUUGUGUUGGAGAAGACAUACGAUCCUAAGACCGGGAAGGGCAUGCCUGACAUUUAAAGAACCUCUUUCGAUCUCCUUGGAGGCAUGAAACAUAUUGAA